AUGACAACCAUCCACCGAUCCUUCCUUGCCGCCAUUGUCAAGCAGCUUCUGCGCGGCAAGUCUUUGAUACAGUCCCUGCUCACCUUCUGGACCACAUCAUCACAUCGCCCUUCCAGCGCCAAGCAGUCCUCAACUUCCUCCUCAUCCUCGUCCCAAUCAAUCUAUGAGGGCGGCAAGGUUUCGGCGCCUUAUGCUCCUGGCCUCCGACGGUCCACACAAGACUUCCUCAGAGAGGUUGAGGAUCUGAUCCUUGGGCCCUUGUUAGACGAUGGCCUACUCGAGCUCUCUCACGCCCUGAAGACACAGUUUCGGACUAGACUACAGACCGACCCGGCAUGCAUGCUGCCUUCGUUCAACCACAAGCUUCCUACCGGCUUGGAGAGGGGAAGAUACCUCGCGCUCGAUGUUGGCGGCUCUACAUUGCGAGUUGCUCUGGUGGAGCUGCGUGGCCAUGACUACGAGAUCAAGGGCAAGGAGACUGAGAUUGUCAGCAUGAAAUCGUUCCGCAUCGACAAGACGAUCAAGGAUCUAGAAGGUCUGGCCUUUUUCGACUGGAUGGCUGAGAGGAUUGUCGAAACACUGGAGAAUGAGGAAGAGGGCCGCCGAGCUGAGAAAGACGGCGCGUUACCCAUGGCAUUGUCCUGGAGUUUCCCUAUUGAACAAACGUCCCUCCGCAGUGGUCGCAUUCAUGGUAUGGGCAAGGGAUUCCGCGCCGCCGAUGGUCUCCAGGGACAGGAUCUCGGUACCGUGAUUGAAGCUGCCUGUCGUCGCUCUGGUCUCGUGGCAGAGCUGCUCGUCAUUUUGAACGACGGAAAUGCUACAUUGCUUUCUCGAGCCUACACUCACCCGGCUACGAGAUUCGGGCUCAUUCUCGGCACCGGCGUUAACAUUGCUGCCCAUCUUCCUGUGCCCCUCAUCGGCGCUGCCAAAUUUGGUGAACGACCCCAGGAGUGGUUUGAGGAGGCGCAGAGUGUCAUUGUCAACACAGAGCUGGGCAUGUUUGGACAUGACAUUCUAUCAAUCACACGUUGGGAUGCCGACCUCAAAGCAGGGCAUCCCCGUCCCGACUUUCAGCCGCUGGAGCACAUGCUCAGCGGCAUGUACCUGGGCGAAGUUGCUCGAUUCGUGCUUCUCGAGGCCAUCGCGACAACUGGUGUGUUCGGCGGGGUGGUUCCGGAAAACCUCACCGAGCCCUACUCCUUGAGCACCGAGACAAUGUCCAUGACUGAGAGUGACAACGCUACGCUCGAGACAGCUAUUGCGGCCUUUGCAGCGCGCCAUCCUUCAUCACACGCACCAACCGCAACAGAUCUCGCCUUCUUCCGCGAUAUCUCCGCUCUCAUUUCCCGCCGUUCCGCUGCCAUUCUUGCUGCAGCAGUCCACGGCAUUUGGGAUCUCCGUCUCGACGGCGUCCGCGAGACGCUGCCCACGUUGUCGCCCUCGGAAGCUGCCACGGCGGACACAGAACUCGCCCUCAAGCACACGAUGGUGGCCUUCAACGGGAGUGUGCUCGAGAGCUACCCGGGAUACCGUGACAUGUGCCAGUCUUUUGUAAACGAGCUUCUGGAAGCUAGUGGCAAGUCAGGCCUGAGCAUCGAUCUCGUCCCGGCAAAGGAGAGCUCGAUCAUCGGGGCGGGCGUGGCCUUGGCGGCGGUGGUUUGA